CAGAUCUGGUGGAAUGUCGACCGGAGUUAUGUAAUGUCCACUUCGCCAACCAGUGUCCACAAGGGCUUCUGUCGACCAACAGCCUUCAGUCAGCAUGCUCUUCGCGAGCAGCAGCGUGGUCGCCAAGUCGUUCCGUCAAGUCUCAGAGUUCCUGAAGCUACGGUCUCGUCCGCUACCCUGCUACACGCUAGAGGAGGUGGGCUCUCACGAUAACUACCACGACUGCUGGAUCAUACUGUUCGACAAGAUAUACAACGUCACCGACUUUAUUCAUUUGCACCCAGGAGGAGAAUCGAUUAUUCUGGAGCAUGCUGGACGAGACGCGACAUUCACCUUCUUGUCCGCUGGCCAUUCCGAGCACAUGAUGGCUGUGCUAAGUAACUACCUAGUGGGCAAGCUACCAAGCUGCGAGCACAUCUUCGAAACUGAAGAAAGCACCACUGAAUAGAUAGAACAUGCCACGAGCUAAACCAAUUGUGAUUACCGCUUUGUGCAGUAAAUAAUACUUACAAGCAAUAAAGCGUUAGUAUAUAAGUAAAAUGUUCCUUCCAGCUCAAGAGGAUGUAUAAAACUAAAUAUUCAGUGCA